UGUGUGUGUGUCACUGACAGAUAAAGCACAGAGCCGACCUCCCUGGCAGAUCACAGCUCCUGGACUUGCCGUUGUGUCCAGUGUCACCUGGAGGAAUCACCCCAGACAUGCAGCUCUGUUUCUGGGCUGGAGCUCGGUGUCUCCUGCCCGUCCUGGUCCUCCUGCCCGUCCUUCAUGUCCAAGCAGCGGAGACACAUCCACCCAGAGAGAGACGCUACUACAUCGCUGCUGUGGAGAUAGACUGGAAGUACUCUGACAAUGACACACACAGCUAUAAGAAAGUGGUGUUUCGAGAGUAUGAGAAAGAUUUCCAGAAGGCGAAGGCUCAUCCCUCGUGGUUAGGUCUGCUCGGACCCACCCUGAGGGCGGCGGAGGGCGAGACCCUCGUGGUCACUUUCAGGAACAUGGCGACCACGUCACACAGCAUCCACCCGCACGGGGUCGCUUACGGGAAGCAGUCGGAGGGAGCCCACUACUUUGACAACACGUCACAGAAGGAGAAGGAGGACGACGUGGUGCAGCCGAACGGGGAACACGUUUACCACUGGGAGGUGACGUCCGACGUUUCACCGCAGCCACACGACCCCGCCUGCCUCACCUACACCUACGUCUCCCACCAGAACGUGGUGGAGGACUUCAACGCCGGCCUCAUUGGCGCGCUGCUCGUCUGCAAACCUAACAGCCUGAACGAGUCGGGGCAGCAGAUCAACUUCCACCAGGAGUACGUUCUUCUCUUUGGGGUUUUCGAUGAGAAGGAGAGCAGGUACAAGACAAUCGGCCACGCCCCCGACAACCACGUCAAAUACACCAUCAACGGCUACACCAAGGGGUCACUGCCAGAUGUGAGUGUGUGCGCUCAUGCCUCCGUGAGUCUGCAUCUCUUGGGCAUGAGCUCGGAGCCGGAGGUUUUCUCGGUGCACAUGAACGGCCAGGUGCUGCAGCAGGCCGGCCACCGAGUGUCCUCCGUGGGGCUGAUCAGCGGCUCCAGCGCCACGGCCAGCGUGGUGGCCAUCCACACAGGCCGCUGGCUGCUGUCCUCACACAUCAGCAGGCACAUCCAAGCUGGCAUGCACGGUUUUGUGGACGUGAAGACGUGCGAUGGCUUCGAGGCUCCAAGCCGACGGUUGACUUACGCACAGAAAAAAGAAAGCACGGAGUGGAAAUACUUCAUCGCUGCGGAGGAAGUUGUCUGGGACUAUGCACCUAACCUGCAGCAACAUGUUGAUGAGAACUUCAGGCUGCAGUACUUGACACAGUCACAGACACGCAUCGGUCAGAAGUACAAGAAGGCCGUGUACACGCAGUACAAGGACGAGUCAUUCACCGAGAGGACGGAGAACAAGCAAAGGAAAAAUGAGCUGGGGAUCCUGGGCCCGGUGAUCAGAGCCCAAAUCAGAGACGUUAUCAAGAUUGUUUUUAAGAACAUGGCGUCCAGGCCUUACAGCAUCUAUCCACACGGCCUGACGAUCCUCAAGUCAGAGGAGGGAGCCAACUACCCAGAAGGAGGCAACCAUUCUCACGGGGUUCAGCCUGGUGAAACGCACACGUACGUCUGGCGAGUGGUGGAGGAGGACGAGCCUUUGGACGGAGACUCCCGAUGUCUGACUCGGAUGUACCACAGCGCAGUGGACACACCACGUGACAUCGCAUCAGGACUGAUCGGACCGAUCCUGAUCUGCAAGAGUCAGUCGCUCAAUCGCAGGAACGUGCAGAUGAAAGCCGACAAGGAGCAACACGCCAUCCUGGCUGUGUUCGAUGAAAACAAGAGCUGGUACCUGGAUCACAACAUCGCUCAGAACUGUGACCGAACCAGAGUCAACAAGGCCGACCCCGACUUCUACAAAUCCAAUGUCAUGCACACGGUUAACGGUUACACGUUUGAGAGCGGUCCGCUCUUGGGCUUCUGCAACGGCGAGAUCGCAACGUGGCACGUGUCGAGCGUCGGGGCGCAGGACUACAUCCAGACGGCUACGUUCUACGGUCACAUGUUCAAGUUGAACGAGCAGACGGAGGACUUCCUCAGCCUCUACCCCAUGACUGGAGAAACCAUCAGCAUGAGCAUGGACAACCUCGGGGUCUGGCUCAUGGCUUCUCUGAACUCUCAUGAGACGACCAAAGGGAUGCGGGUGAAGUUCCAGGAUGUGGAAUGCUAUCGCGAGUACCAGUUCGAUUACUCUGAGGAAAAGGAUGACUCCAAUGAAUUCAACAAGUGGAAGCUUCCGAGCAUGGCCGACAUCAAGAAGGAAGAGGAGAAGCCGAAGAUUAAGAAUGUGGUGGAGGACAUUUACACAGACAUGUUUGCAGAAGAGUUGGGUCUCAGGUCCGUGAAGAACCAGACGACCGACUCAGACAUGGAGAAGCUGGACCUCACUCAGCUCGACCUCGACGGCAUCGAUGUGCCCGACGGACCAAAACCAAACUCAAUGAACAAGACAUUGUUCUCAAAUCGUGAAGCGGCCGAUGGAGUGAACCUCACAGUGGUUGAUUCUCUGAGUGAGAAUACGACAAGUAUACAGAACACGAGUGCAGCGUCAAUACUCAACAGUUCUUCCACAGUGAAAACAGAGAACACGACCGUCUCAUAUAACAAAUCGCCGAAGAACGAGAGUAUAACUUCAAGUAGAAACGUUUCUCUAGAUGCUUCUUAUCCUGAUAAUGAUGCUGUGUCUGACACGAAGAACAAAACUUUCCACAACACUACGGAAUUAUCAGCUGCUGGGAAUGUUUCUGCAGAGAUUACAAACCUGGGAGCAACCAAACCAGAAACUGCUAAUCUUACGGUAACAGAACAAGAAACUACAAACAUUACAGCAGCAGAACAAGAAACUACAAACAUUGCAGCAACAGAACAAGAAACUACAAACGACACAGCAGCAGAACAAGAAACUACAAUCAUUACAGCAGCAGAUCAAGAAACUACAAAUCUUACAAUAACAGUGCAAAAAUCAGCAAAUCUGACACCACCUGGAAAUGGAAGUUCCCUCCUGGAGACGGACAGAAAUGAGGAAACCCUGACUGGUGAUAACCGGACGAUCUUGGCCGAGGACUCUGAGGAGAGACUCACCAGAGGAGACGUGUUCUCUUACUCUGAUGCUCAGUCCAACACCAGCAGCUCCCUCAGUCUGCCAGAGACACAGAAGAUGGAAGAUGAGAAUAACACAGCAACUGACAUGUCAGCAGAUGCAGCGUUGUCCUCUCUGGACGUUGGAGAGUUUAACAGCACAGACGGAUACAACCUGACGAUCCUCGUGUCAGAGGUGGAGAACGACAGAAGCAGUGGUAUCGACUCUCUGAGCACUGGAGCGGAGCUGGAGAACAAACCUCAUCUGAACAUAUCCAGAUCAAACUCUUCAGGGUUGAGGAACAAGACAUCGUCUGCAGAGAGAAACGAGACGGUGGAAACGAGAAGUUCUGAGGAGCUCAGUGUCUCCGCGAGCAGCGAAGAAGUUCUGAUCUACCUCGGAGAAAACAACAUGGAGGUGAUUAAAUCCACCUCUGUUAAAACACAGAGCCCCAACUGGACUUACGAGGGAACUCACCAAACGGAGACCAUGGAGAUUCCCGACCACAUGGUUAAAUAUUUCCCGAGACCGACCCCUCGAACAACACCAGCUCCGAAGAGGAAGAAGAAGACGGUGCACCUCCGCCAGAGGCCUCAGAAGGGUGAGGGCAUGAAAACCAAGAGGAGGAAGGUGUACAAGCCUGUGGACGUGAGCAGUUUGCCGUUCUCUCCUCGUGGAUUCAACCCAGACAUGACGCCACGCGGGGCCCGACCCAACACGCCGGUCGCCUUCUCUGAUGAGGAGGAGCUCAUCAACAUGCCCGUGGUGAUCGGCGUGCCACGGCAAGACUUCAGUGACUACGAGCUGUAUGUUCCUGGAGAUGAACCAGAUCAUCUCGGGAUCGAUGAGCCGGACGUAAAAGCCAAUGAGUAUGAAUACGUGGUCUACAAAGACCCCUACAGCAGCCACGAGGACGUCAAGAACCAGUACCUGGACGAGACCUCCAAGUACAUCUUGAAGAACUCAGGCCCCAACGUCAGGACGUACUUCAUCUCUGCAGAGGAGGUGACGUGGGACUACAGCGGCUACGGCCAGAGGAGACAAGACAAAGUGCAACUUAACUCCCGGAAAACGACCUUCUCCAAAGUGGUUUUCAGAAGCUACACGGACAGUAGCUUCAGCACCCCCGACGUCCGUGGAGAGAUAGACGAGCAUCUGGGAAUCCUGGGACCGGUGAUCAAGGCCGAGGUCGGACAGAGCAUCAUGGUGGUGUUCAAGAACAACGCCAACCGGCCGUACUCCAUCCAUCCCAACGGGGUCACCUACACCAAGCAGACCGAGGGCCUGUCCUACGAGGACGGAUCCAAGUACUGGUUCAAGUACGACAACGAGGUUAAACCCAAUUCCACCUUCACGUAUCUGUGGAAGCUCCCGAUCGAUGUCGGGCCAAAGCCAAGCGACUCUGACUGUCGGACCUGGGCCUAUUACUCAGGGGUCAACCCUGAGCGGGACAUCAACACGGGCCUGAUCGGGCCUCUGCUGGUGUGUCGGGAGGGAACCAUGAGCGGGAACCCGCCGAACAUCAGGGAGUUCACGCUGCUGUUCAUGACCUUCGACGAGUCUCAGAGCUGGCUCUACGAGAAGAACCACGAGAUGAUGCAGAGGAAAAGUCGCCGGAAAUACCUUGACCCGUACUUCAAGGACAAACUCAAGUUCCAAUCCAUCAACGGGAUCAUUUACAACCUGAAGGGUCUGAGGAUGAGCACCCACCAGCUGGUGCACUGGCACCUCAUCAACAUGGGUUCUCCCAAAGACUUCCAAAGUGUCCACUUCCACGGCCAGACCUUCCUGUACCGGGGGACCAGCAGCUCCAGACAGGCUGUCUACCCUCUGCUGCCCGGGAGCUUUGCCACUCUGGAGAUGUUUCCUGCCAAACCGGGUCUGUGGCAGCUGGAGACAGAAGUCGGUUCUAUCCAGCAGCAGGGAAUGCAGACUCUCUUCCUGAUUCUAGAUAACGACUGUAACCGUCCACUGGGUCUGGGGUCCGGCAGCGUGAAAGAUGCUCAGAUCACAGCAAUCAACACCAGAGGAUACUGGGAGCCUCAUCUCGCCAGACUGAACAACAAUGGUCGAAUCAACGCGUGGAGCACAGAGCAGAACAACAGCUGGAUUCAGGUGGACUUCCAGAGGCCGGUCGUGAUCAGUCAGGUGGCCACGCAGGGAGCCAAGCAGAUGUUCAACUCCCACUUUGUGGUCAAGUACUUCAUCUCCUACAGCACGGACCGCAGGAAGUGGAUCUUCUAUAAGGGCGACAGCAGAGGCCUCAGGAAGGUCUUCAUAGGGAACCAGGAAGCGUACGAGACAAAGACAAACACCUUCUCUCCACCUCUGAUUGGACGGUUCAUCAGACUCCACCCCAUCCAGUGGCACACCAAGGCCACGGUUCGCAUGGAGCUCUACGGCUGCGAGCUCGACGGAUGCUCGGUGCCUCUGGGGAUCGAGAGCGGACUCAUCAGGGAUCAUCGGAUCACGGCCAGCUCCACGGCCUCCAGCUGGUACUCCGGACCCUGGAGGCCGGCCCUGGCUCGCCUAAACAAGCAGGGCACCAUCAACGCCUGGCAGGCCAAGUACAACGACAGGAACCAGUGGCUGCAGGUGGAGCUGCCGCAGGUGAAGAAGAUCACAGGUAUAAUAACGCAGGGAGCCAAGUCCGUGGGGACAGAGAUGUACGUGAUGUCCUACACGCUCCGGUACAGCGUGGACGGGAUCAACUGGAUCCAGUACACGGACGACGAGGAGUUCCAGUACAAGACGUUCCCAGGAAAUAUCAACAACAACGACCACGUGAAGAACUACAUCUACCCCCCCAUCUUCUCACGCUUCAUCCGGAUCGUCCCCAGCAGCUGGAUGAGCUCCAUCACCAUGAGGGUGGAGCUGCUGGGCUGCGACUUUGAGUGAUGCAGAAUUUCACAGAAACACAGAAUUCAGUUCCCUAAAUAUGUGAGAUAAACUCCCUGUAUAGAGGAUAAAACAUAUACAGAUAUAUGAAAUCAAAGCUUUUAUAAUGUAAACACACACACAUGCAUUCGUUAGACUCAUCAAAGUUUGUGGAACUUAACUGAAACAUAAAUCUCCUAAAUAUCAGUUUCUCUCUGGUUCAGAGGUUUGAACCUGACAGGAUGUAAAAGUGUUGAAUUAUUAUAUUAUAUCUUCAUGUGUUUUUAAUGCUGUUAUUUGUGUCAUUGUUUUGUGCUUCAUACUUUUCCUUGAGCAACGAAACAUUUAAAUAGAUUCUAUACAGAGUAUCUAAUGCACACUCUGCUUCUAUCUGAUACAAUUCUUCACUCUUUUGUUAAUAUUUCUGUGAUUUUUAAAUACUCGUUGCAUUUUUAACUCUGGCAUGUUAAACUCUGUACUUGAGAUGAAUAGAGAUGAAUGUAAAUAUGUAAGUAGAGGCCUUGAAAUUUAUUUUGCAAUAAAUAAGAUAACAUAU